UCUUCAGGCGCCACAACAAAUGAAUGGCUUUUCACUGCGGAGGUAAUGAAGUACUAUGUGCCUAGCGGACUCGUCAGCACAACAGCGGCAAGUCCAAACAUAACUGAAGAUCCGUGGCGUGAAGAAAAGUACUUUAAAAAUGCCACAUUUGGUCCUCGACUUUUUUGUUGGCUGGAUCCAGAGACACCUUUCCAUUGUGAAAAGGUUACAUAUUUCUCAUCAGACGAACCAGGAGAUGUUACAGCUUCUGUAGAACAGUCUGUCAAAAAAGCCUUUAUAUUUAUGGUUUUUGGGACGUGCCUUGACUUAUGCGGAGUAGCCAGUAUUAUUGUAUGUUGUUAUCGAGAGCAUCCUUACCGGUCUCUUUUGUGUUCAGCCCUUCUGCAUAUUUUUGCAGGUAUAUCGACUUUUUUAUGCAUAAUUGUUUAUAUGUCUUCCGUAUCAAAAGAAGUCGGGAAUAAGCAGUACCCGGCAAGUGAAAUUGAUGAGCCACUAUUUCAUUAUUCUUAUGGUUAUUCGUUCCUGUUACUUAAGAAGUCAGAAGAAAUAUUCUGUAAAAAAGCUGACUUCCCUGAAUGUGAAAGAAAUGAUUUUCAGGCUUCAUUCUUGGGCAUCGAGAUUGCUGCAUUGUUAUCAGUUUUAGUCUAUAUGGCUAAACGUGAUGAAAUAACGUAUAACCGAUACCGCAUAAGGCAUGUUCACUUUUAUCAGUUUGCAUUACGACAGCUAGGAGGGGUUUCAAUAAGAACAAGUGGAACAUAUAAUUGGUCUGUGCUCAGCAAUAUUAAUGAAAAUGUUGACACUUCUUUGUUGACAACAAUGCUUAACAGUCGAUAUUACCAGCAUUCGAGGUUCCGAAGUCUUGAAAGACCGUCUUGGUAA